AAGACACUGACCAACUAGAAGUUUGGUGUUAGGCACCAACCAUUUUUAGACUAACAAAGAAUAAAAACCUCAUAUCUCUCUUUUGCAUUUCCAUUCUUCAUCACAUUCACAAAUCUUAUCUUUCUCUCAUCAGCAUAUAAGUUUCUUUUUAGAUAAGUUUUAAAGGGUUGCAAGGAGAAAGAGAGAGGAAAAUGGGAGAGAUGAAGAGUAUGCAAAUGGGUGUGAUUGGGGCAUUGUUUCUGUCGGUUGCAUCUUCUGUCUCCAUUGUCAUUUGCAACAAAGCUUUGAUGACCAAUCUUGGCUUCCCUUUUGCAACGACACUAACAAGUUGGCAUUUGAUGGUAACAUAUUGCACACUUCAUGUGGCAUAUAAACUAAAUUUCUUUGAGAAUAAACCAAUAGACACAAAGACUGUUGUUCUCUUUGGCCUCCUCAAUGGCAUCUCCAUUGGGCUUCUCAAUCUUAGCCUCGGCUUCAAUUCCAUCGGCUUCUAUCAAAUGACCAAACUUGCUAUCAUACCAUUCACUGUACUAUUAGAAACUCUCUUCCUCAACAAGAAGUUCAGUCGGAAGAUAAAAUUCUCAUUAUUUUUGCUGUUGGUUGGGGUUGGAAUAGCAUCAAUCACAGAUCUUCAGCUCAAUUUUGUUGGUUCUGUUCUCUCUCUCCUUGCCAUCGCCACAACUUGCGUCGGCCAAAUUCUAACAAACACGAUCCAAAAGAGGCUGAACGUGACAUCAACACAACUCCUUUACCAAUCGGCCCCGUUUCAAGCGGCUAUACUCUUUGUUUCAGGUCCCUUUGUCGACAAAUACCUCACUCGUCUCAACGUCUUCUCUUUCCAUUACUCUCCUAUCGUUGUGGGGUUCAUAACGCUAUCGUGUUUAAUAGCAGUUUCCGUUAACUUCAGCACGUUUUUAGUGAUCGGAAAGACAUCUCCAGUGACGUACCAAGUCUUGGGGCAUCUCAAAACGUGUUUGGUGCUUGCUUUUGGUUACACUCUCCUCCACGAUCCUUUCACUCCUCGUAACAUCGCAGGAAUCCUUAUCGCGGUCCUUGGCAUGCUUCUCUACUCUUAUUUCUGCUCCGUUGCUUCUAAAUCAAAACAAGGCUCCUCCGAGUCCGCUUUUAUUGGGAAAGACAGGGACACGACGCCACUUUUGAGCCAAGAAAAAGAGAACCACGAAGCCAAGAAAUUAGACAAGCAUUCUCCAGUAUGAUUGAUUACAACGUGAUAAAAAGUACAAGUUCUAUUUCUUUCUUUCUGGUCUAUAAUUCUGCUUUUUUCUAUCAUUGAUGAAGGUUUUGUAAUUGAGAGAAAAAAAACUGAAACUACCAAUGGGACUGUUUCUCUUACAUUUUGGGUUUUAUUAAAUAUUUACAGCUACAUUCUUCAGUUCUCUCCCUCUCUUUUGAAUAUAAUACAAGGACACACAUUUUCCUA